CCCCCGCCCCAUUCACCUCCGCGACCAUCGUGCGUCUGGAGCCUGAUUGCUGGACGCCGAGGCUUGGACUGGAUUCUGUGCACGCUUGCGAGUGAGCCGGCAUGUCGGCGUCUGAGUGGGCUGCGAAGAAAAUGGUGCAAUCUGAGAGCGGCUGACCCUAGUUGGACAGAGCAGACGCGGUGCUAGAGUACCAGGGCUCAGGUGGCAGAAGGGGGCGGGUUGUUUUGAGGAGCCGGGACCAGGUUUUCCUCCGUGCCUGCAGCAAUUUCUGUGCACCUGGGCAGCUCGCUCCGGGGAUGCGGGAAGCCAGAUGAAGUGAGGCAGAGGAGGGUCUGGAAGCAUUCGGUGGACAUUCCAAGGAGAAAACCUCGCUGUAGAGAGCAGCAAGACGCCCCGGGGGCUAGCUGAGGGGCUGACAGCGCGCAGCGACUGCGCGACCCUGUCCAUGGUGUUGAAGGCGCUGUGCGCGGAGCUCCGAGCGCCCAGCGCUGCUCGCCCAGCGCUGUGCGCCCUCCUCUGCGCAGCCCGCCCCCCGCUCCAGUCAGCUACCGCCCAGUCUCCGCAAACCCCAGGCCAGAACUCGUCCCGUAACGCCGCUCGGGUGUCCACGCCGUCCGCUGGAGGGGACGCCUGAAUGGCGAGGCCAGAGGCAGGCAACACGGGAGCUCGCGGGGAAAGGUGGGCAGAGACAGUGCGUCCGUGGGAAGCCCGCUUCUGAGAGCCCCGCGUGGGCCAGAAGGAACAAGGGACCUGCUGGUGACCAGGGAACGGAUUUUUUUUUUUUUCAAGACCCGACCCAGAGAGGAAGAACAUUUCUGGGUGCGCAUCCCAGGUCUUUGCUUACGGACCGGAAAGGGGGAGAGUCCCUGAGAGAGAGAGAGAGACCCGGGCGAGGCUCAGGACAGUUGUCCUUGGCAUCUGGAGGUUUCCUUCGCCAGGCGGCCACAUCGGGGGUGUUUCAAUUCAUCCUGUCGACUAGUGGCUCCUCUUGACAGCACCCACCCUCAUCUUCCCCAGAAAUCAGGAGAGUCGGUCCAGUCUCUACGUUGCACAAAGAAAUCCCAGCAAGCUCCACCGCAGUUGCGGACACUUGGCAUUUAGUUUCCCGGCCGAGGGCAGUGGCGCCCGAAACUCGGCUGAGCGCCGAGGCAGCCGCCUUGGAGCAGUAGCUUUCUGCGCUGCGGGGAGGGGGCGGGAAGCGGCUGUGUGGAGUUCGCCGCCGCUUGAGGCUGCACCUGCCCCGGAGGAUGCCCAGGAGCCCGCAGGAAUCUCGCCGGAUCAGAACUUUUUAGGCUGCCCGCCCCCAUCCCCGCAGUCCCCGGGCCGUGCACCGGUAGGCAGGGGCCGAGGGGGCGCCGCGGCGCGAGUCCCCCUCUUGUCCCCAUCCCCCAGCUCGGCCGCCCGCCGCUUUGUUCCGGGCGCGCGGAGGGAAGGCGAGGCUGCGGCGGAUCAUGCCCAUGGUGUAGCCGCGAAGCGGAGGCAUGGCUGCCGGAAGGUUACUGCUCUACACGGGCCUCUCGCUAGCGCUCUGCGCCCUGGGCAUGCUGGCUGUGGCCAUCUGCUCCGACCACUGGUACGAGACCGACGCUAGGAAGCACAGGGACAGGUGCAAGGCCUUCAAUACUCGCCGGGUUGACCCUGGCUUUAUUUACAACAACAACAACAACUUGCCGCUCCGGGCCAGCCGCUCACGCCUGGACCGCUGGGAGGGCAAACUCCUCCGGGCCCGGAAUCGCCGGCAGCUCUUCGCCAUGAGCCCCGCGGACGAGUGCAGCCGACAGUACAACUCCACCAACAUGGGCCUCUGGAGGAAGUGCCACCGGCAGGGCUUCGACCCGGAGAUCGCUGCCCUCAUUCGGAAAGGAGAAAUUGAGCGCUGCACGUACAUCAAGUACCACUAUUCCUCAGCAACCAUCCCCAGGAACCUCACUUUCAACAUCACCAAGACCAUCCGUCAGGACGAGUGGCAUGCCCUGCACCUGCGCAGAAUGACGGCCGGCUUCAUGGGCAUGGCGGUGGCCAUCAUCCUCUUUGGCUGGAUCAUCGGUGUGCUGGGCUGCUGCUGGGACCGAGGCCUUAUGCAGUAUGUGGCAGGGCUUCUCUUCCUCAUGGGAGGAACCUUCUGCAUCAUUUCACUGUGCACCUGUGUGGCUGGGAUCAACUUUGAGCUGUCACGCUACCCACGCUACCUGUAUGGACUCCCCGAUGACAUCAGCCAUGGCUAUGGAUGGUCCAUGUUCUGUGCGUGGGGGGGCCUGGGCCUCACGCUAAUCUCGGGAUUCUUCUGUACCUUGGCCCCUUCUGUCCAACCUGUCCCGAGGACCAACUGCCCUAAAUCCAGACCCGAGAAUGGGACAGUGUGCUAAAAAAACAAACCCAUACAUAUAUAUAUAUAUAUAUAAAUAUAUAUAUAAUAUACAUAUAUAAAACAAAACUAAAUCAAGAUGAUGCCAGUGCCAAGGUAGAGUUGAGUUGGCUCAGGCACCUGCAUCUCGCCGGACUUUGUGUUGCCUCAUCACCAAGAUGGGGAAAGUGUUCCCAUCCUGUGGCUCUUCCAUCAAUUCUUGACUUUUGGCUUCACAGUUUCUUGAAGACAAAGCAAACAUCACCACCUGCAAUAGCAUCUUGAUCCCCGUCACUCAUGAGCAUGUGGUGGGGAGCUGGAAGGGACAGUGGCAGUGGUCUGGAGCAACCCAGAUGUGAGAAGGAAGUGCCACGCACUGGGCCAGCAGGAGAGGACACCACCCCGCGGUCAUAUCCCAGGGAAGCGCGGCCCCCUAGUUCAUAGAGCGGAACCACAUCUUCAAGGCCAUUUUCAGUACCACUUCUCCUGCUCUUCCUGUCUGAGCUCCUUCCUGGCCCACCAGCAACACACAAGGAGUAGACGAGAAAACAAACCAAGAAGGAAGUUUUCUCUCUGUGGCCAAACUUUCGGACAAAAUUUUAGAGGUGGGAAGGGGAGAGAACAUGCUGAGAGGCAAGAUCCACACCAAUAAAAGGACACUUCAGUGGAUGCUCAGAAAGCCCAGUCUUACCUUCCAGCUGCCUUACGCCCAGUUAACAAGAGGCCACCCCAUCCUCCCCACCUGCACUCCCUGGGCAGAUCAGAGCCUUGGAGUAGUGGUGUGAUGAGGUGUGAGUGUGUGUGUGUAUGUGUGUGUGUGAACAUUGGGUGGUUUCCUUUAUUUCUUUUCCGCCUUUUAAAUGGAAAUAUUGCAUUUUGACCAUUGUCUCUCUAUCACUAUGGUGGUUUCAUGGCUGAGAUGGAAGCCCAGAUUCCUAGAAAGUAUGAGAGGCAGGCCUCUAUGGAUGCCAGUACUUGGUGCUGCAGCUGCAGAUGCCUGAAGAAAAACAGAGAGAGACAGAGAGAGAGAAAGAGAGAGAGAGAGAACGCAUAUGUGGUGGAUGCUGCCUGAGUGGGAGGUUUUAUUAUCUGUGUUGCAUUUUUUCUAUUAUUUUUGGUACAACAGAAAUUCCCAGAGAGCAGAACCGAGAACAAAACCACUGGGCCAGAGGACCCUGUGGCUCUGCACAUUACAGUUCUGGAUCGCCACAGGAUUUAGUCCUCUAAUUUUGGAAGUUCAAGACACAGCUGGGCACAAAAGCCGUGAGAGAAGAGGGGGGAACACACAGUUCAGGAGGGAGAAGGAAUGUCGCCUCUGGUUGCUGUUGUACAAGUACGUAUACCAAACAAGACCUUCACUCCCCAUCAUGGGGGGCUGUCCUUUGUCACUGGACAUCUACCCCUUUCCUAGGGGUAACGUCUGUACAGAUGAAGGAAAAUGAGUCACAUGCAGAGAGAACACCUCCAUUACCCAUGGGCUCAAAUUUGUAUGAUAUUGUGUAAAUUAAUGGAGAACUCUUGACUUUCCAUCUUCUUCCCUUUCCUCUUGAUAUUCAAGGCCAUGAAUCCCAAAAUAGUUGUCUUAGUAGCUAGCACCCAAACAGAGGUGAAAUAAAUCCACCCCGGCGUCUCAGGCCCACUUGAGCAAAAUGGCGCGGCAGGUGCCGGUGAGUGGAGAGAAAUCAGAGUUGUGGAUGCUGUAGGGCUGGAGUAGCUCAGUCACCUCAGGGGCCCUGCUGGUGCCCAGCAGCCCCAGGGGAGGCAGGGAGAGAAUCCCUGAGCUGACAUAGCCACAGUUAACCUUGCAGCAGAGAAUCUAGCUGUUUAAUAGCUCAUAUGCUUUGGGAACUUUGCCAACACUCAGCAGCCUGCCUUCCUCAUUGCUGUUUCUUCACCUGUCUUCCAACCAGCUCUCCCCUCUUCUUAUCUACUGACCACUGGCCCUGGCACCUUGCAUCCGUGUAAGUCCAGCCUGUCAUUUGCUCUUCUUGACGGUGUGUGUGUAAUCCAUAUCUGGCUAUGACAUCUGAUGCGCGUGAAUGGGCUUGAGUGUAGAUGCUGUGUGUAUCUCUGGUGCAUUUUGCUUGUCUGUGUUAGUACACACCUGCACGCAAGUGUGGAUGCCCUACUCAAGACUCCCUCUCCAGGGAGCCCAGUCAGCUUCUGCAAAAGGUUUAGUGUGUGAGUGCCCUUGGUAUGGGUGUACCAGGCUAUGGAGGAGAGCUGGGUAGAAAGAAGUGCUCUUGGCUUCUGAUGGAGGUUCCAAGGAUUGUUUUUAAGACUUAUGAGAAGGGAAGUAAUUUUCAGGAAACCCUAGUUUUUUAAUUGGGAAUUUUAUUUUCAUUUUUCUUUGAAAGUUUGAUCUCUCCCUUUAGGGAAAUGGCUUACUUGGGAGACGGGAAGAGUGAAAAAUAGUAUCUCAGAUUGAGAGGCCUUGUGACUUUUUACCAAGCACCUUGAAUUAGACAGGGAGAGCAAGUAUCUGUGAGCAUCCAUUUAGGGCAGAGGUUUAUCUGUGACUAGAUGCAAAUUCCAGCUUCUUUCCAGUUGCAGAAAAGUGGGGGAAACAAUUAUAAAUGGGACAAAUUUCUAUCAACUGUUUAAACUUCUUUAGUAACCAUUUUUGAAGACACUAGCGCAUAGAACUAUCAUUAUUUAUACCCUCUUUUUCUAUACAUACUUGCUACAAGUAUAUCAUCUGCCCAAUCCAGUACUUAUCUUUGUGUUGAAACUUUAAUGAAAUUUACUGCAUCCCUUUGAAAUCUGAGCAUCCCUGAGAUGUCAGAAGGACUCUGGGGAAGUAGAGCAUCUAUGUCAUCUCCACAUCUGCAGAGCAGGGCCUUUUAGCUCUCUGAUAUUGGGGUCAGAAAGGUACAGAUACAAGCACUCUGGGGUCUGUCCUGCUUGGGAACAGUAACAUGGCCAGGCACAUGGUCAAAAUGGAAGCCCCUUUCUAGGAGGCAAGUCCUAGCCAAUAGGAAAAGAGCCCAGGUGACUUUGAUUCUCUCAGCAAAGGGGCUUGACCAUAGAUUUAAACCACACCCCUCCGACCAGUUCCUGAAGCCUCCUGACUGUAAGGUAGCUGAGGAAGAAGCAAAAAAGAGACCUGACCUGUGAGGCUUUCAAAGCCAGAUGCUGCUAACUCCAAAUUGAACUAGAACCAAACCUAAAGAGGGGCUUAGGGUCAGUGGCCUCUAUAAGACCCCCAGUUCCCAUCCAGAUCAAGUUCAAAUUCCUUAUGGUGUGUGCAUGCAAGUAUGUUAUCAAGCUUACACUGUGAGCUCCAAGCCAGCCAACCUUGAGCACGGGCCCAUUUCAACUUUUAUUUUUUUUUCUCCCCUCCAAGAUUAGGGAUUCAGAAAAGUGGCAUGUUUGCCUAGAGAGAGAUCCCAUUUUUCUCUCCCCUCAUUUUGUGAGUUAUGGUUUCUUUUUCUGUUUCUUCUCUUCCUACCCUCUUUUACUUGCCUCUGAACCUACCUUAGUCAGCUAAAAUAGUUAAGUACUUCAUAUCUGGAAAGGGUAAAGAUAGACUCCAAGUAGCCCCCAUCUUUAUUUGUUGUGGCUUUAGGUUUCAUAAGGAAGUCUGUGGCUCACCGGCAUCAAAAUUUAAAAAAAUGAAAGACUGCACCCAUUCCAGUUUCAACCUUCCCACAAGUCCUAGCGUUUCAGCAACUCUACCCUUUGACCUCUAGGGAUUAUGAAGUCACAAAGACUGGACAGCUCCACCAAAUCAAGACCAGCCUUCCUUGACCUCACAUCCCUGUGUAGCACUCUUGGUCCUGGCGCCAUGUUGGUCUAUUCUCCCACUGGGCAUUUCCACCCAGCAGUGCUUCCUUUCCUUCCAAGAGGAGAGGGUACCUGGAGACUGUCUCUCAGUAUUGGUCCAUACUUACGGUAAAAGGCCUGGCAUGAAAGCAUCAUGUGGGGUUGUCCUGAUUUAGUGGAAGAAUGUGCAGUUUAGGAUUCCCAAGAUGUCUACCUGAGCCAAUGUCAGACUUCAAAAAAUCAAAUAGAUCAUUUAGAGGCAUUUAGAAAGGAACAUAUUCACCUAGCUUAUGCUGAGAGUGUUCAUGAACUGAUACCAAGGGAAGAAGUGGGGAGAAAUACACACCCUAGUCAUUCUUUGGUGUGGUUUAUGUGACAGUCGGUUGUUUCUUUCAGUUCCAGUGAAGCUGCUUUUCUGAAAGUGUUCUGUCUGCUCCUGGGACUAAGCAUCCCCGUGAAUACAUCCAGUGCUGUCCUGGUAAACGUGAUGAGUCAGAGUGAGAGGUGAUUUCAGCACGUAUAGAAACCAUUGGUGUGUACCAGCUGGACUGGCUUUGGUGCUGUCUUCCAGUUGGUAUGGCAGAGAAAGGGGACAGAUUUUUAAGCAAGCCCACCACAGAGUUGAUGAACACAAGUGAUUCUAAUACCUCUCAGAGCCACUGACUUCUGGGAUUGUAUUUGGCAUCUUUCCAUUGAUUCUGCCAUGGUGUAAAAUGUUUCUUAAACUUGAUUUCUGGUUCUUAGAAUAUGUUAAUAUCAGCUAUUGAGCUUUUUAUCCUGAGUAAUACAUGCUCAUUGUAGACAUGUUUUUUACUUAUAAAAGUGAAAAACAAAAAUGCUACAAUUUCGUCCAUAAUUCCAUCACACUGUCAUCUAUGGUGUACCCCGUCAUAAUGGCCGUGGCCCCAAACCUCUCUAAUGCAUGGUUUUCUCGGGAUUGGCAGAUGGGACUAUGAGGACAUUUUAUGGCUACAGAACCACACUGUUCUGCAUCACAUUGACUCUCUGUUCUUGGCAUUAGGAGCACAGGUUCUGAGCCCCCAGAACAAAGAGGCCUAUGAAAGCUCAAUACUAGAAGGUGGACCAGGACUAAAAGUUUCCUGUUUGGGGAUUUACUUCUCUCUCUCUCUCUCUCUCUCUCUCUCAUAUAUAUGAAUACAUAUAUGUAUAUAUAUGUAUACACACACACACACACACACACAUCUCCCCUACUUGUUGUUUUUUCCCCCAGGUGCCAUCUCAAUCUAAUCAUGGGUGUAAGAGCACUGAAGCCAGAGUAACUCACUAAUUAAGCUACACUUGUAUAAUGCAUCUACUGUAAAUUUCAUUUCUGUUCUGCACUAAAAUGAUUUGACUCUGGGCACUGUGUCUUCUCCAUACUUGAACUUCCUCAUCUACAAUGUGAGGAUGGUGAUAACACUUUACCUCAUGGUAUACUAAGGGUGACAUUUGCAAACAUGAAGUGCUGUAUGAAUUACGCACGGUUCAAGUUAUCUACAGCUGCAGAGCCCUCACUGAAAUGGAAUUCUUGCAUCUAGUUUCUGUGCCUUGCUGUUAAAGGGAUAGAGAGAGAGGUCAUCUUGGUUGCUAAAUAGGACUUUACCUGUCCACCAGAAGCACAUGGGAUUCUCUUCUUCAUUCAGACUCUCCAGAGAAAUUGGCUCCUGAAUUUACUUCACAUGUUCCCAGAUUCUUUCCUAUCAUCCCAAGGCCAGUUUUGCAAAGGGCACUAUUGUCCCUCUUGCUUAUUCCCAGAGAAAAUGGAACACAUAAACCAUGAGCUGAAACAGUUAACUUUUAAUCAAAGCAUGUGGUUAAUGCCUAGUUGUUUGUUUUGACCAAUUCUAGCAUUAUUUCCAGCUGUACCUACCCAAGUGGUAGGAACAAGUUAGAUUCUGAAAGGUUUAAUGAUUUUUAAGUUUAGGAUGAGAAUAAGUUUCAAGGAGCUAGGACCUGCUUUCUCUUGCCCAUUGGAGAAGCCCAUGACUUCAUUGGAAGCCUCCAAGUUUUUGCAGGGAGUCCUCUGGGUGGGACACACACUGGGACGUGUUCUAAGUAUGAUCUUGUUUGGGAAAAACUAAAUCCUAGAUUCUAAAUGAGAAAAGAAUGUACUCCCAAAAGGGUCUGUGCACUUUCUGCUUUGCAGUGGAUCAAUGUUGUGUUGAGACCUUCUCUUAGGGAAGUUCAAAAAUUUGCCAUUGAUAUAGCCCAGCCAGGAAUGGGGGAAACUGCCCAGCCUCAGGGGUGUUUGUUCAGUGCUGAGAAACAGAAAUCUGGGUCACACCUGGGAUUGCCCGGCCACAGCUCAACCUGGCAUCCCUUUGACAGACGCCAGCCUCUCCUCUUCAUUCCCAAGGACUGGUGUCGCUUCCUAAGGAACUCUGUGUCCCUCUCUCUCUCCUGGACCCCAAGCAUUCCAUUCCUUUCCUUUCUGGGUGGCCCUUGGACCCUUCCUCGUCUGUGUGUACCGGUGUGUCUGUGUCGUGAGUGUGACGAUGCCGUUUACAGAGUCCUCUCCGGUAUCGCCCAUCCCCCUUGCCCAUCGCCACCCCCGGUGUGACUGUUUUGCUAUUCAAGACUCUCUGUAAAAAUGUACAAUAAAAGUGGAAACUGAAAAUAAAGGGGAGGGGUUUGCGACUACUCACACGCGAUGUUGUAGCCCUCAGUUUUCUGAGGACUUAGGUGGAACUACCCUAGAAUCCUGACUCUGGUGGCAUUUGAGGGGAGGGAUGGUGUGGCACAGGUGAUUUUUCUGGUCAUUUCUCUGGCAGUCAGAGUUCUGUUCGAAAGGGUUUUGCCUUGAUAGUAGAAUUUAUCUCCCCCAAAGUAAGAGCAUAUCAUCAAAGUCAUAAAGGCCAAGGUCAUGGCAAAGGUCAACACAGAGACCUGAACCUGAGGUGGCUAUUCAGCAGCUCUGUUACCAGCUCACUCGGGGCCUCGGGCGAGUCUUGUUACCUCACCAUGUCUCCACGUCCUCUCAACCUAACAGGGAGUGGGGGAGCUUUCAGGACUCCUGGGAUGCCGAGUCUCCUUGUCCUUUCUGCUGCUAUUUUUUUAGAGACUCUGUUCCCACGCUGGCUGGUAUGUGCUUACUUACUUACUACAUUGAGGUAAAUCAGGAGUUUUUCUCCCGGCCAUUAUUGACCCACAGUUUCAUUCCUCAGAAAGUCACCUCAAGUCAACAGCCAGUUUGUGCUCAGAGUCCAAAGCCUUUUAUCUACCUUUUCAUUCUCAGAUGCCUUUUCCCGCCUACUUUGACGAUCUCAUUUUAUUAUCUCUACUGACAGCUUUGCUGCACCAGGGCCGGGGUAGGAGAAGGAGCAUCAGAGGAGAUGAGGCAUGUGAGUUGCCUUGUAAUCUGUGACUCGAUCUGCAAGUGUGGCUCUCCAAGUCAGACGCAGGAGGUCUGGCUGGCCCAGGGUUGCCACGGAGGGGAAUGGAGAAGGCAGUGGUGGUUGUGGGGUGGUGGCCAUGUGCAAAACUGUGGAUCCAGAGUAGAGGUUAGAUGAAGGGGACUUUCAGAUGGAGAUGUGGCUGAAUCACCAGAAUGCCCUCAGCGUAGCACAGAGAAGGAGCCCCAAGGCAGUGACCCUGCAGUUAAGAGGAAGCAGGAUCGAGCAGGGAACAGAUGAUCCUAUUGCACAAAUGCUGCCUGCCUUCAAGAGGAGAAGAGUAGCUUCCUAGAGUGGGGAAGCACACCAUGCUUGGUCAAUGACAGCACCUCCCUCCACUCCGUGGUUACAGGCAGCUUCAGUCUAAAUCCUCCUCUGAUGAUCCAUGAUGAUCAUCUCUGGGACCAGUUUCUGGUAGGUGAUUUGGACCCCUGCUGUCCAACAGAAUAUAUGAGUCACAUAUGCAAUUUUACAUAUCCUAAGAGCCACAUUUCCAAAAGCCCAACCAAACUGGUGAAAUUAAUUUUCAUACUAUAUUUUAACCCAACAUAUCAAAAAUAUCAUUUCAACAUGGCAUCAACAUAAAUCACUGAGAUAUUUUAUGUUUUUUUUUUAAUAUUCUUAAGCCAGUGUGAAUUAUUUUACUUUGAAAAACAAAACAAUUUUAAUUUGAAUCAGUCACAUUUCCAGCUGCCAUAUGUGGCUUCUGACUGCUGUCUAGGCCAGGGCAGAUUUAGGGUCUUCUUUAAGAGACUGAGCGGACCACUCUUCCCUGUGUAUCACUAACUACCAAGAUCGUAUCACUGCUGACAGAGGCAGGAGGCUGGCUGUGUUGGCUGAGAGUGGAAAGCACAGAGCAAUGUCCAGCUGCUGUCUUAGCCUCUGGAAGUUCUGUUUCACCUACUUAGUAAGGGAACCCCACCCUCAUGACCUACCCAAAUCCUAGAGGGCAAAGCAGGUCAUGAUCUUUUAGGCUGUAGGAGCAUCAGCCACUGCCUUAUGAUGUCCUUUAUCUCUCAGUGGGGAGGGGUAGACAGGCCUUCUCUCUGUGAAGAAAAAAGAGCUCACAACCAUCUGUCAUCUGGUGCAGUUGCCUGCUAAGAACAUCUCACCAAUAUUCGGAGCUGUUUUCUCCAUUCCUUAAUUUUCUAGCUUAAAAUCAAAUGCUAAAAAGGAGGUACACUGAGUGGCAGCCACAGGUGGGCUGGGUCUCCUGGGAGGUGGCAGUGACAAGUUCUAUCCUUGCACUGUGACUCAGGCCACCAUUGCCUACCUCUCCUCUCUGCUUACACACCUUCCUUGGGUUUGAAGAAACCUCUUUUGUUCAGGAAAAAGACAAGUAGCAAGAUCUUAGUGCAGAGAACAGAAUAGAACACAAGCAACCAACCCCUGGGCAUUCUCAAAGCAUUUCAAAAAGGCCAGUAUGACAAGGUUUGAUUCGUUUAAAAUAUAACAUUCUGAGCCCUGUGUUACCAAGCGAGAGAAAAUGAGCUGAUUUGGUGAGUAUGUUUUAUAUAUGGUCAUUAGACAGGGACCAUCGCUGACAAAACUCUCGAACACCUGGAGUGUUUAUGGUCCGCCAGAUUAUUGCUCAGUCAAUAUAAAUUUAUUUACCUUUACUUUAAUUUGCAUAGUGCUUUCUGAUUGGUUAGACAAGGAGUGGUGUAUACUGCAGGAUUCUAACAACUCUCCCCUUGGAGGUAGCAAUUCCUGUGGUUAUUGGUGCUAAAAUAAGAUUAAAUAUUAUGUUAAUUUGUUCUGAUAUGAUGUGAAUAAAUGUAUUGUUUAAUCUUAACAAGAAUGCUACAUCUUAUCAGAUCUAUUGUACUGUCUGUUCCUUCUCAUACUUAAUUAAUUACAGAAAAGGUGAUCCAAACCAGAUCUUGAAACUCUUGUGAUUUCUAAGAGGAAUUUAACAGGGAAGUGGGAGGGGGGAAUGAAAAGGGAAAUUGCCAGGUUCCUGUGACUUUGAAAGGACUGAGGAAGCAGAGAGCAUUUGGGGACUUCACUGAAACUGACUGCAUCUUGCAAUUUUCUUUUUCAAAUUGGCAGAAAUAUUGUAUUUCCAUCGAUUGAAGAAAAAAAGUGUCUGGUAAUUAAUUAAAUGACUUGUUCAUGGAAAAAAAUAAAAUAAAUAAUCUGUCAGUUGUGGAAUGUAAACUGAUUAAACAAUUAAAUAAAGAAGAUCAUGUUGUGUGUUUUAAA